UAUUAAGUAAUUCAAUGACCGUUUUUGUUUCACAAACUGAGAGCCGUAGAAUAUAGCAGGAGGCAACCUUUUCUGCUUCUACAAAUCUUAAUAGAAAUGUGCCAUUUCAACAACACAACUAAAUUGGAAUUAGAGAAGAUACAAAUAUGCUGUUCCAGCAAUACCACGGAACUUGAAUUUGUGAAGACAUUCCAGUAUGUGGUGCACAUCCCUACGUUCUCCUUGGGACUGGUCAUCAAUUUGGUAGCACUCUGGAUACUCUGCUUCAGAUUAAAGAAUUGGACGGAAAAUGUGAUCUACAUGAUAAACCUGAUAUUUUCCGACAUCCUGUUGCUUUUCUCUCUGCCUUUCAAAAUGUAUGCCUACCAGGUAGAAGGAAAGUGGCAUCUUGGUUCACUCUUCUGUGAGUUUGUGGAGUCCCUCUACUUCGUCAACACCUACGGAACUAUCCUGUUGAUCAUGUUGAUAUCUCUGGAUCGGUACACUGCUAUCAAGCACCCCUUCCUGGCAAGAACCCUCAGAUCACCAAAGAAAGCCACCAUUGCCUGCACUGUUCUGUGGCUCUGUGUCUGGUCUGCAAGUAUUCCAAAUUACUUGCAACGGGAUGAUGAUCAGAACUGCUUUUCGGAUUUUGCUGAAUUUUGGUGCCUUGGUACAAUUCCUCUGAGUAUGCUCACUGUAUAUGUAAUUGCUGCAUCUGUUGUGAUUUUCUGCAGUAUUCAAAUUAUAAAAACACUGCAAAGAGUAGAUGAAGAGAGAGAAGACAUUGCCAUGAGGACAUCUAUGAAAAUAAUCUCUUCCAAUGUGGUAACCUUCCUUCUCUGUUUUACUCCAUAUCACAUAGCCAUGUUACUAUACUUUUUUGCAAGAAAUUGUCAUAUACCGACGGAUUACCUAGUUUCACUGAGGGUGUUUCUCCAAAUCUGUCAGUGUUUGGCAACGACAAACUGUUGCCUGGAUGCGAUGUAUUACUAUCUGAUCAUUAAGGAGUUCUGGAAAUCAAAAAUGAAGAGCAAAGAGGGAACUUUUUCAAUCCAUAGCAGUUAGCUCGCAGAAUUCAAUUUGUUGUCUUUAACUCAGUUACUUAAAAAUAUAACAAUCUGUCGAUUGCCUGCUUGCAUUAGUUGCAUGAAGAAUAAUGGAUAAUGAAAGAUACUCUGCUUUGAUUUUGUUUUGAUAGAUAUUAAUUCCUUGGUCCAAAUUCUGCUAAUGCCAUGUCAACAAGACUGUGGCUAAAACGGGGAGGGAAUUGGAUGCAUGAUAUUAGUGAGAUCAAAAUCUAGCUUUAGUUAUGUUUCUACCUAAUGCAUAUAAACUGGAAGAGUGGGCAAUUCAUUUAUGGGAUUAACUGAAAAUCAGUUACGUAUGUAACAAACCUGCUUGUUUAUCUGAAUUAUGUCUUGAAUUAUUAUGAAAAUGAAUAUGUUGUGUUCGGUCUCAUCAAGGAAAAUUUAUGCUUGCUAUUAAGUGCAGGCAUUCAUUACCAAUCAUCUAAAGAGGUUUCAGAAAGCUCCCAGAAUAUUUAAUAUCAACCCAAAAGUGGUUAACAUACAAUUCACUGGCCGCAAUUUUGAAAUAAAUUGAGAGCACUUAAGGUUAUCAACUUAAGAGCAGGAAAUCAAAAUGCCACAAACUAGAAAUUGCAAUUUAUUUCAAAGAAGACCUGAACAUGAAAUUAGAGCAAUAUUGUGGAUUUACUUGGUAUCUGGAAAGGCUUGUCUCUACUUGUCCUACUAUUCAGUAUAAAUUGUGAAUUUUGUAUCCUUUUGUUGGGUGAACCUGGAUGUUGUCAAUUAAAUGCAGCACAUGA